AUGGUGGAGCUAUGUCCCGGAUCUGACGCGCAACUUCAACCUUCAACCUGUCGUAUUCAUCGUCUUCUACAACUGCCAAAGUGGAUGAUAGUUUCAUCACUCCAAAACCCCCACAAGUACCAAUACACAAUCCUGAUGAUGUCAAAACCGCGGGUAAUAUACUGGUUUCGGACCGAUCUACGCUUGCACGACUCUCCAGCGCUUAAAGCAGCCCUUGACCUCAAACCAGAUUGUCUCUAUCCCAUAUGGACCUGGGAUCCCCACUAUGUCUACCGCGCCCGUGUAGGACCCAAUCGAUGGCAAUACUUGCUCGACUGCCAGAAGGACUUGUCCAAGUCUAUCACAAAGGUCAACCCGCAAUCGAAACUCUUUGUCAUUCGAGAAGCGCCUCAGACACUGUUUCCCAAACUAUUCAAAGCCUGGCAGAUUACGCAUUUGGUGUUUGAGAAGGAUACGGAUGCCUAUGGAAGAGAGCGAGAUGAACAGGUUAUGGAACUGGCGAAGACAGCGGGUGUUGAAGUUGUAGUGAAGACCGGACGGACAUUAUAUGAUCCGGACGAGCUCGUCAGGCAGAAUCAUGGUAAGCCAACCAUGAGUAUCAAUCAAGUCCAGGCAGCAGGCAAGAAAAUUGGUCAGAUCCCACGACCCAUACCAGCCCCUAAGUCUUUGCCCGGCCCAGGAAAGGUUGACUUUGAUUUUCACCAAGAGAAACCGUCCAACAGUCCAGAUAUCAAUGAUGCCCAGCGGAACACAGAUGAGGCCUCUUAUUCCUCGCUCGCAGGGCCAAACGGCGACUUUGCUGUACCCACAAUGAAGGAGCUAGGCUUGAAGCUUGCAACAUCCACACACCGUGGAGGCGAAACCCUUGCACUCGAGGCACUAGAAAAGAUCAUCGCAAACGAGGAGUAUACGGCAACGUUCGAGAAGCCGAAAACAGCACCGACAGCAUUUGAGCCUCAAGCGACUACCCUCCUUUCUCCACAUUUACAUUUCGGCUCCCUCAGCUGCCGUGAAUUCUACUGGCGCGUCCAGGAUGUUGUCGACAGGUUCAAGGGCAAGGCCUCGCAACCACCUACGAGUUUAACAGGCCAACUCCUAUUUCGAGACAUGUAUUUUGGUGCACAAGCAGCGUUGGGCUACUCUUUCAGCCAAACUUACAACAACCCUCAAUGUCGAUUCAUCCCAUGGCAUCUUCCGUCAAAGAUCGACAUCAAGUCAAGCAUGACCACAGGCGAAUACCUUGUUGAUGACGCAGAGGCAGAGAUUCAUUUCAAGCGCUGGAAGGAGGGCUGCACCGGAUUCCCUUGGAUCGAUGCGCUCAUGCGUCAGCUUAAGAGAGAGGGCUGGAUACACCAUCUUGGUAGACACGCUGUGGCCUGUUUCCUUACGCGCGGAGGUUGCUACAUCGACUGGGAACGUGGUGCAGAGGUUUUUGAAGAGUGGCUCAUUGACCACGAAGCUGCGUGCAAUAUCGGGAACUGGCAGUGGCUGAGCUGCACAGCGUUCUUUGCCCAAUUCUUCCGGUGUUACUCACCUAUUGCUUUCCCUCAAAAGUGGGACAAAGAGGGAGAAUUCGUGAAGAGGUACGUACCAGAGCUGGCGAAGUUUGAUAAAAAGUACAUAUAUGAGCCUUGGAAAGCCCCAAUUGCAGACCAGAAGAAGUGGGGCUGUCGGAUCGAGGGUGAUGGAUUGUCGGUCGCCAAAGGGGAGGGAGAAACAUAUCCGAAACCCAUGUUCGACUUUCCUACAAGACGAGAUAUUUGUCUUGAUGGCAUGAAGAAUGCUUACCAUGUGGGGUUAUAUGGCAAUGAUCCGAAAGUCAUCGAUGGAAGCUGGCGCCAAUUGUUUAAAGACAGCGCAGAGGGUCCAACGGAAGGAACCGAAGGCCCACCUGGUGUCAUGGUAGAAUACCAAGACGCCGAAGGGCACGAAGAAAAUCAUCCCGUGGACGAUGCACCAAAUCCCAAAGCUACGAGAAAGAUCUCAGCAAAAAGCGAGAAGAAGGUCACCCGUCAAACAAAACUGCCAACUCACAAACGAGAAGCAAGUCAGGGUACUUUAGACAGUGUGGUCACCCGGAAGAAGAAGAAAGAGAAAGAAGUGGCUCCAAACCAUACCCAUUUCGGCUGA